CCACUCCUUUCUUUACUGAACAGCGACACGCUUCUUCAUCAUGGCAGCGGCGGCCAACACAGAUACCCGAGCUGAGGCUGACGUAUCUUUUCGCAAACGUCCUCGUGUCGCAGACCUUCCACUUUCCCAAUCCAAGCGAAGAUCCAUAGACAGUUUGCUGCAUACAUUCAAGAAGAAGGGCCAAUUCGACGACCUCCGCAAAAACACCUUUGCCCAAUUCGAUCAGGGCCCUCUCAAGACCACCCUUGUCGACUCGAUCCGCUCCUUUACAGACGCCGAAAUCGAUCGCGACCCCAUCAAAUAUCUUGCCAAAAACCCUCGUAUCGCCGCUCCUCUUCUCGAAGGCGCUGCCGCUCGCGCCGAUAUCUACCCAAAGACCGAAGCCGACAUCGAGAACUUCAUCCAAGACUACCUGAAAUCUGCCGAACAAGCUCUACGAGAGAUCCGCCGUAACGACGUUGGUGAAGAAGCUGCAAAGCAAGAGGAGGAAGCUGGAAAUAAACCCGAUCAACUUUAUGCCGAAGCAUCACAACGUCGUCACCAGGAGCGCCUCGACCGCCAUGCCGAAGAACUAAAAGAGGUCGCGAAGAAGGAGCGUGCUCAGCAACAGAAGGCCGAACUCGAGGCCCUGAAACAGCGCGCGCAAGAACUGAAGAAGGAGAAGGAACGUGUUGAGACCCAUCUAAAGAAACGUGCUGAACGGGAAGAGCUCCGCAAGAAAGACGAAGAAAGAAGGAAGGCUCGUCUGAAGGUCCUCGCCGAAGAACGCGAAAAGCAGGAGAAACUUCUCGAGGAAGAGAGAAAGAAGGACGAGGAAGAGAGAGCUAAGCGCAAGAAGGCUCAAGAGGAGGAAGAGGCCAAACGUCUCGAACAGGAGGCUAUGCGCAUGCUGCUCGAAGAAGGUCAAGCCAUGGCUGGUAAGACUGGAGCCAAGAAGACUGAACGAGAGCGCAGCGAGAGCAUCGACAGGAGAUAUGCCCGCAGAGACCGCGAUCGCCGUUCCAUCUCCGCAGACCGUCACUACCGACCUGCUGACCGACCAAGAGAACGAGGCUAUGAUCGCUAUGAAGGCCGUCGUGAAUCCACCUUGCGCGAAAUUAGUGCCGAGCGCGAUGCAUGGAAAGCGAAACAACUCCGUGACAAGGACCGCCGUAGCAGAUCUCCAUCGCGCGACCGCCGUGCUAGACGUCACGAUCGUUCGCGAAGCCCUCUCGGCGGAGCCGAUCGUUAUGUUCCCUCUGAUCGCCAGGACCGCGAUACUCGCCGAAGACGUUCUCGUACUCGUUCUCCUCGAGGCCAGGGCGACCGCUACGUUCCUUCAGACCGUCACGCACCUUCUGAUCGUCGCACUCGCGAUCGCUCAAGAGACCGAGACAGAGAUCGCGAUCGUGAUGUACGUGACAGAGAUCGCGAAAGAGACCGAGACCGAGACAGAGACCGCGAGAGAGAAAAGGAUCGCGACAAGGACCGCGAAAGAGACCGCGAGAAGGAUAGAGAUCGAGAUCGUGAUGUCCGUGAUAGGGACCGUGACAGAGACCGGGAUCGCGAUCGUGACCGCCGCCGUAGGGACGAUGACAGACCCAAGACCGACCGCUACGUCCCAUCAGCCAGCGCUGGUGCCUCUCGCCGCGACAGCGAGAAAGUCGGCGGCAGCAAACGAGACCGCUCACGUUCGAGGAGCCGCGAAGCUAGGUAGGGCCCCAAGCCGCGGUCUCCAGGUCGUCUUUCAGCCAGAGGAUCUCCCUCAUAUCCCUGAGUUCACAAGAUACGAUCAUCAGGAGUUGCAAAUGCAUUGAUUGGAGUUAUGGGUUCACCGUGGAAAGGCGUUGUGGAAUUAGCAUACAUGAUACCCCCUAUAUUGGCAGUAUUGACGACUCAUUUUACAGUUCUUCAAUUCCAUCAUUCCAAUCGCUUUUGUCAGCACAAAAAG